CAAAAAAAUACUUCACCUCAAUUUCCACCCAUUUAAAAUGAACAAGUGCUCGAUGUUAGAUCAGGAAUCUAUUGCCACAGUAUUUCCAUUUUAAUAAUUCAUUUCGCCUGCUUUAACGUGCGCUCUGCAUUCAACUCAAAUAACAUGAGCCGUUAGAUGUCGCUGCACACACAGUCUCCAGUGAGUCCGGAGUUUAACGCCGCUCAGGGUGCAUCCAGAUUCUGAAGUGUCUGAUCCAUUCGAACAAGAGCAGAGGGAGAGAGAAGGGGAGAAGGGUUAAGGACAAGGGACAAAACGGAAAAGUUUGCGUUACGGAGAGGAAUUUGGACGUUUGAUGAUCUUUGGAUGGGGGAAUCCCGUAUGGGGAAAGUCAAGAGCGGCUGGAGCAUCAGACAUGAAUCCGAGGUGGUGGUCUGAAGUCGAUGCUGGAUGCCAUGGAAGUCCCAAGUCAUGCUAGGCACCUCCUCUUGCAACUGAACACACAACGUACCAAGGGCUUCUUGUGUGAUGUCAUAAUUGUUGUGCAGAAUGCACUGUUCCGUGCUCACAAGAACAUUCUGGCAGCUAGCAGCCUCUACCUUAAGUCUCUCGUUGUUCAUGACAACCUCAUCAAUCUGGACCAUGAGAUGGUCAGUCCAGGUGUCUUUCGAGUCAUCCUUGACUAUAUCUACACAGGACGCUUAAGUGAAGGUGACCCCACAUCUCCCACUGAGCCAAAUAUAGGGGCAGUGUUGGCAGCUGCAAGUUACCUGCAACUGCUGGACCUGGUGGCUCUGUGCAAGAAGAAGCUGAAGAAGAAUGGAAAGUACCACUUACGCCCCAACCCUGGGUUUUUGCCUUACAAGAUUGGCCCUGGUGGGGUAGGGGGAGGACGGUUUCGCGUAUCCACUCCAGUCAUUCACUCCUGCCUCUCUGGUGGCGUAGUUGGCACUCCUCGACCAACAUCAUUAGAGGAUAUGCACCAUCUGCCACUGGCCCCCCACGCAGGAGAGCUUUAUGCCCCAGCUCCCAUACAGGGUCCACCACCUUACCCUCCAACAAAGGCAUCCCUGUCACCACAAUCAGGCCUGCGCUUACCCCCCACUGACAGGAACUGCUCAUCCGUCUUUGGCCUUGACCUGUCCAAGAAAAGCCCCAGUUCCCAGUCACAGCUCCCUUCCAGUCACCCGUACUUGAUCUCCUCUCUCCACCCAGACGAGGAGCCUCAGGGGGAGCUGGACCAAAGAACCAGCCCCCUGCUCAGCCCCAAUGAUGGCUCCAGAAAAAUGGAGAUAGCCCACCAUGCAGGGUCCCUUACCCCACAUCCUUUCCCUCUCUCUAACCAUCCACUUGCACCCCAUCUUCCCAACCUACACCGUUCUCAGGGCCAGGAGCCGUACCCCUGUCCUCCCAGUCCUGAGCCCAUGGAGGACUCCAGAGAACAAGGCAGAGAUGGCUCAAGCAUCUACCGCUGGAUGAAGAAUGAACCGUCCAAUCCAGAAGACGAAUAUGAGGAGGAUGAUGAAGAUGAUAGUGGAGGAAUGGGUGAGCAAGAUAAAGAGAGACACCACCAGCACAUGAAUCACCAUAAGAACAGCGAAGAAAAGCUGAAUAUGAGUGAGAGGGGCUACGACAGAGGUACUGUGACCUGUGAUGAUGGUGAGGAUGAGAAUGUGACUGGAAGUGAAGAAACGGGGAGCAGUGAAGGCCGUUCAUCUCCCCCUGGUGCAGGUGGGAGAUAUCACAUACCGUAUGAACCAGAGAGUUUUGGAGAUAACUUGUAUGUGUGCAUCCCAUGUGACAAAGGCUUCCCCAGUUCAGAGCAGCUCAAUGCCCAUGUGGAGACUCAUACAGAGGAGGAGCUCAACAAUGGCAGUGAGCUGGAAAACAGCAACAAUGGCAGCAAACCCAACAAUGCCCAUGGACCUACAAGCUUGAACAGCUCAAGCAGUCUUCACAGCCCCUUCUUAGAUAGCAAAUCAGGGCAAAACCUCCAUCCUAUUGGCCUGGGAGAGAUCAUACGACCAUAUCGCUGUUCUUCCUGCGACAAGUCCUAUAAAGACCCUGCCACACUGCGGCAGCAUGAAAAGACACACUGGCUGACCCGCCCAUACCCAUGUAGCAUCUGUGGCAAGAAGUUCACCCAGCGUGGUACCAUGACACGCCACAUGCGCAGCCAUUUGGGCCUAAAACCAUUCGCUUGUGAUGCCUGUGGGAUGCGUUUUACUCGGCAAUAUCGCCUCACGGAGCACAUGCGUAUCCACUCUGGAGAGAAGCCAUAUGAGUGCCAGGUAUGCGGGGGCAAGUUUGCUCAGCAGCGCAACCUCAUCAGCCACAUGAAAAUGCACAGCAGUGUAGCAGCCAGUGGAGGACUCACUCCUGAUGGUAAGCUGAAGAUAGACUUCACUGAGGGCAUUUAUCCCUUGAGUAAGUACACCGUUGAACAUCUGGGUCUGAAGCAGGAGAAAACCUCAGAUCUUCUCACGGCCUCUCAGCACCUGCUGGCUGAUGCCAAGGCCAUGGAGAGCCUCUACCCACUGUCAAAGCUGGCUGCAGUACAUCUCGGCCUCACACACAAUAAGAUGGACAUCCUAAACCAACCACUUCCACCUACUCCCCAGCAGCUCUCAGCGGAGGCUCGCACCAUUGACCGCUACUCUCCCAGCUAGAGGGGGGAACCACUAACUAUACUUUCCAAAGAGACAUCACUGUAUACCAUUCACAGUAUUCAACUCGCACCUCAUCUUUAUUUGAACUUGCACCUCAAAGAGUGGAGGCCAGAAAGUUUUGGCUAUAAAAUGCACACAGACUGUUUGACUUCUAAACGUGCCUUUCUUUGCUGAUUUUUGCAGUACAUGUAUUUCCUAAAUUACUUUUCUAAAAGGAGGAAACAGCUUUAUUUAUAAUCUGUUUUGACCAUGGACAAAUAGACAAUGCAGUAUUUAUAUGAAAACAACUUCUUUUUUGUUCAAUCAACCGAGCCAAAUAACCAAUUGAAAACCAAAAAGAGAUUUUUAUUUAUUUUUUGUUUGUUGCAAAAAGCCAAAGAGAAAAUGUCAAAAUGUUACAGAAGAGUGUUGCAGUCAUACCCUAAACCUGUGUACUAAAUAUUAUUGGUGUAUAUAGAAAGAAAAAAAAAAAAGCACAUAUGAACAAUAUUCAGGGCUUCUGUCCAGAAUGGAGAGGGAAAUCUGGACAAAUGAAAAAGCCAAACCUAUGGGAUUUUAUAGUAAUUGGAGGACUUUUUAUAGACUAUUUUUGGAGUACUGGAUCACCUGUAUCUGAUUUUCCAUCUCUGUGAAUGGCCCAGUUUUUUUCCAUACUAAAGGGAGCAACUAACAGAAGAGUGUGUUUGUUCCAGGACUUAGGUAAAGUGAAGCUUUUCUCUGCAUUGAUGUAGAUGUGAUCCCCUUCAGCAUGGCGUGAGAGCGAGCUCACAGAGUGAUAUUUCAUUUUUCUUUUUUUUUUUUACCUUCAAAUGUAUUGUCUCUUUAUGUUUCCUUUCCUCCAACUCUUUCUUUUACUUCACACACCAAGUGCCUUUAGUUUGUUAUUGGAAAUGUAGCAAGUACUGCCCUGUGAUCUCACAACUGGAAUGUCUUUGCGCAUAUUCCGAUCAUGAUAUAACAAUCUGUCCACGUAUUUCAGUCCAUCUGGUGUGACAGACUAAGCAUGGGCGGCGCUUUUGAAAAUUGAGUAAUAUUUAUAGCAGAACAAUCCUGCUUUAAAUAUGUUGCAGUUGACCCCUUUCAGAAAGCAAGCCAGUCUACAAUAUUCUUUUAAGCUAGAUGUUUCUUUUGCUACAAAUCGAGUGUAUCUGACCAAACAGUGACAUUUUGUGAAUUACUGAUUUAGACACACCUUUAAGAGCCUCCCUUAUGUGAAUUAUCAGAGAGCACCUCCUCACCCCUAUUAUGGUGCAGUUAAUUUAAGGCUAAUGUAACUGCUUUAACCCAGUUGUGCCAAAUGCACACACAUAUGUAGAGCUGCUAAUGUGACAACCAUCUGAACAUAAGGAGCAGGACUUUCUAUCUCUCUCUGAUACUGUAAGCACAGAUAGAAGCAGCUGGUCCACUCAGGGUAAGCCCUGUGAAAUUUCAGAUUUUCGAAGCCCAUUCGCGCUUGUCUGUCCCACUGAUCUUGGAUUUGAUGCCAGUUGACCAGGCCCUGUGAUGUACAUGCUUCCUGGAUAUACACCCUAAUCCCCCAGCUACUGCACUAACAGACCAUAAGCUACAUUCAUCUUCAAAACUGUACAGCAAUGAAUCCAUCAAUCCUUUCCUAACCUGUUAGGGUCACAGCCCUUGCUUGCUUCCUUUUUGUAGUCUUAAAAUUUAGCUGGUUUGCCUCUUGAUGUAUAAUAAUAUUUUCCCAUGUAUGUUAAUGCAUCUUCUAAAGAGAUACGGCACCCCACAGUUUUUUAAAGUAUUCCAAAGAGAUCUUUCCCUCUGACCUUAAGUGAAACAAAUAUUUGUUGACCACUAGUUACAAUUACAACCUCAGUGGGUGAAUGUGAAGAAACAACGAAUGCACUGUGAAAGAACUAAUGAAUCUUCAAGCUUUAGACCUUAGUGAAUCUUGAGGGUAUUUGAGACAAAUUACCUGCUUUACUCUUUAGCAUGUUGGCUAAUCAAGGUUGUUUUCUUUCUUUCUUUUGUUGGUCAGCCUUAACUCUCUUACUGAAAGCAAAGUGAAAUUGGUGCUUACCUCAGGACUGAAACAAAGUUUUGGCAAUAGUUUGACACAUAAGGCACACAAACGCACAUAAACACUCAUGCUCUCUGUCUCUUACAUAUAUACAUCUACACUCAAGUACACUCUAUCUGAAGGGAUCUUAUUGUCUUUAAACCUGUGGUUAUUUCAUGUUAAAAGUAUGUAUUUUGUUCUGAAAUGAUUUUUUGAAAUUACUUUUUUUUCUGAGUAGCCUAUGCAACUCUCUUCUAUUUGUACAUUUACAUAUUCUAUUGUUCAAUUAAAUGGUAAAUUACUUUAUUACCAUAAAAGGCAAAUUUUUAAAUUAAAAAUGAUUUCAUGAUAAGAAUCAGUAUUUCCGCAAUAUGUUCCUCUGUACACUUGAAGGUACUUAAAAUACAUAGCAUGGUUUUAAACUCUAAGAGGAAUGGCAGACGGUAACUUAGUUUUCUGUUAAUGUUAUGCUGUAUAAGAAAUGUGUGUUUAUCAAUAAUUUGCUGCAAUCAUAAACACUUGGCUGAGUUGGUAAGGAGAGAAGCAUAGUUUCUGAAGUUGAUUGACCCAUUUGUUCUGGGCGGGCCUGCAAUAACUUUCGCUGACCUCUUUGCCGAGAGGAGGAUUAGACUCCCAGUGAGGUUUUGUAUACAUGUACUAUUAAACCACACACAUGAAACCAGCUUGUUUGGGGCGAGACAGAUGCUGAAGUUUCCCAACACUCUUAAGUGGACAGCAGAGUUCCAAAAAUUCCUCUCAACGUAAUUUUGCAAAACACAUGAAAAUAGUCUGGGCACAGCAGUUUGUUUGUAUCCAAACUAAACCCAGAGCAUAAACGGGAUACAAAUCUUCUGACUUGAAGCAAAAAACAAUAUUACAGCUUUCAUAACAGUUGAAACUUUGACCGCAGACAUAUUAAUACACGCUGAGGAGAUGUGACAGACCGUUUGAAGUGGAUUUCAGUGGUGGGAAAAUAAAUCUCACACUCCCCCUCUCCACCAUUCAUUAACUCGGCUCUCAUCGAAAAUCUAUCGCUCUCUCUCUAUUUCCUGCUGUCCGAGAGACAAAACAAGAGAUGAAAAGAGGGCUUUAAAGAAACUCCAUUUUGGUUUCAAAAGCACAGAGAAAAGAUAUCACCUUUGUGCUACUUCGUUUAGUAAUGCUCUGACAGGGCUGGGAAUGUAGAGGUGUGCACAUGUGCAUAAUGAGUCAGGGUGAGGGGGCAGGUGGGUUGUGGGUGCAUGUUAGGUUGAGUUUUUGUACAUACAAUCAAUUUGAAAGUCAAAAGUGCAGGAGCAUUUGCAAAGGAGUAAAGUUAAGCUGAGGAAGUGAACUUUUGACUCUGUAGUAGCAGCGAGAUGGAUGGUUGGUGUGGUUCUGCUCUGAAGCAGAAAGGCAGAUGAUGAUAGAGAGGCAGAGAGACACAGAGAAAGAGGGUGAAAAGAGAGGGUGAAAGAGAACAGAGCAAGUUUGGCGGGUGGACUGCAACCAUUGUCUAUCUAUGGAAGAGUAGAUUUUAAACCUCCAUCCUAUUUAGAUAUAGAAUGCUGGGUCUGUUCUCCUCAAAGCGACUUAGUAAUCUUUCCCUCCUUUCUUUAAAGUUGGAUAUUGGCAGUAUUUGACAGCUCUGAGUCAUUAACCCUCUGGUCACCCUGCUUGUCCUCCUUAUGUGCCAAGCGAAGAGAAAUAAAAUGUGAGAUAUGGUGUAAAAAAAUGUGGAACAAUAUUCUCUCUGAUCAUGCUUCAUAAAUGUGUCCAAGGGAAAUAUUCCUCUCAGCCUCAAGAAGCCCACAUAAUCAGAGUUAAAACCAAAGCUUAACCAAAGCUGAUCGUAAAGUUUAUAAGAAACAAAUAUACUAGAGAGAGAGGGUGAUCUAAGGGGCUGUUCAGGCCGAAUGUAUUCUUGCGCAAAAAAAACUAGAUACAAUGCAACGAAUUGAACAGAACAGGUGUCUCAUGACAUGGUUUAAGAGCUGAAGUUCUUUUUAACCUGACACUAGGUCUAAAAUAUGCAGUGUUCCUGCAUGAGACACUGAAAAAUAAAGACAUUGUUAAAACUUAGGCAAAUUAGAAUGGGCAAAUUAGAAUGUUUAAAAGUGAAAUUUAAAGCUUCUUGCUACGUUAGUGAGAAGGGGCUUUCACAGGACUCGCAUCAGCGUGUCAACGCAAUGUUUUGACCUCCAAUGAAAACCCGCUGCAGAGAACCCCCAUAUCAGAGAACAUUCCAACAACCUUGGCAAACGUUACGUGAAGGCCAGGAACAAAAGUUUUUAAAAUAAUGUUAAUGGAACAAUCUACACAAUGUUAUUAGUAUUCAAUAAAAGUUUAGAGAAAACAUUCUUAGUGCAACCUUUCAAUAUUGUUCUACUCACAUUUAGAAAACUUUUCAUGGUUCCCACAACCACAAUGUAAUGUUUGGAACAUACAUUUUUUAACUGUGAAUGUCUUGUUUUGAUUUUAGUGCUAACAGCACCCAAGUAUUAAUAUGCCAUUUGAAUUUUCCAGUUAUCAUUGGCUGCCGAUUCGAAAAGACAAUGGCAAUGGCGUCAAAGUUAAAAAUAGUUUGCAUUAAAUUGCUUGACAAUGCUUGGCUAAUGCUUCACUUCAUAGACUUCAAUGUAUUCUGUAAUGCUAACAAGAGUCAUGUGGAAGCCCCCAAAAUGAAGAGCUAAUAUUGCGGCUUCACCACAGGUCUGAUAUAAAUCACACAGGAAGGUUGGUUGCAUGUAUUUAAAGGAUUUGUUCCAAAACUUAGUGAGCAUCCUCUGGAGCAGCAUUUUAAGACAUCAUAGGCAUGCUCCCGACACAAAGGCUGUUCCAAAAGGUAGCUAGGUACGUAUCUUAAUUAUGCUGCCUCUUAAGAUAUCUUGUUUUGGCCAAUUCUAAGGUAGCAUCGGAUGUGUCCUUCCCUGGGUAGGCGAUCACAGAAUGCACUGUGAUGUAGUGAUGGGAAGUCCGAUUCUUUUCCAUGAACCGGUUCUUUCGGAUGGUUAGUUUCAAUGAACUGGUUCAAAAAGCCGAUUCAUCAGUUGAUUUAUGUCAUCACAUAAUGACGUCACUAUAUAUAAUGCUAAUACGCUGCCGUCAUAGAAUACACGCACAAACACAUUCAAUAAAGCCAUAUGUAAGGGCGUAUUGCUGAUUAUAACAUUAUAUUUAAGUUAUAAUAAUAAGGGUGUUUAUUGUCAUCAGUGUUUCAUUCAGUGAUCUUACAACACAUCCUACAUUAAAGUUUUGCAUCUAAAGCACCCAAUACUGACACUGAUAUACAAAAUUUUUAAGGAAUAAAAAGUGAUUAAACUAGUCUUAAUCAACUCACCCUUUUUUACAGAAACCAUGAUCCAGCUCAUCACAACUUCAGAUAUAAUCUGCAUGCAAAAUACUCAAUAGUAAAACUUUUUACAUCUCUCGAUUGAAACGUUUCGUCCCCUCAUUCAAGUCCUCGGUUCACGCAUGCUCAUCAGCUGCUCCCUGAUCAGCAGUUCUCAGUAUUAUGUCCGAAAGAGGCGAUUUUCAGUUCAGUGUACUGGUGACUUGAGAACUGAUGUGAUCGACUCAAUGUACUGUUGCCUGGCGAACUACUGUCCUCGGAUCAGUGUACUGUUGACUCGAGAACUGCUGUGAUCGACUCAAUGUACUGUUGACUCAAGAACUGCUGUCCUCGGAUCAGUGUACUUUUGACUUGAGAACUGCUGUGAUCGACUCAAUGUACUGUUGACUCGAGAACUGCGGUCCUCGGAUAAGUGUACUCUUGACUCGAGAACUGCUGUGAUCGACUCAAUGUACUGUUGACUCAAGAGCUGCUGUCCUCGGAUCAGUGUACUGUUGACUCGAGAACUGUUGCGAAUGACUCAAUGUACUGUUGACUCGAGAGCUGUAGACUGGAUCAUCUUCAUACGUUGAUAAAACGGUAAUACAAUCAAGUUAUAAACAUAUUUCCAGUAUGUUUUAUUUUUUACACUCUCUGUUUCUCACAAAAUACACCUGAAAUAUACAUUUCGCCCCUUAAUCACACAUGCUCAAUGUCAGCAGUUCAUUGGUUCUCAGGUUGUCAGACACAUCCGAAAGAUGCGAUUCUCAGUUCAGUGUACUGUUGACUCGAGAACUGUUACGAGCGACUCGUACUGUUGACUUGAGAACUGUUGCGACCCGAGCGUUCAGUCCGAUUUGUGAACUAGUUGGAGCAGUUAAUUGCAAAGAAGAGUUGGCAAAAGCAGAUAUCACCAGUUCUAGGAUCCUAUUACUCCCGGUUAACGGCUCAUUUAGAUUCGGAGUGUCAGGCACAUCCGAGAGACAGGUUAAGAGAGUAACUUGUGGAUCAGUGUUGACUCGAGACGCGAACUGUUUCAAAAGUUUCAGUCCAAUUUGGUGAACUAGUUCAACUCUUUCACUAAAAAGAACCAGUUCAAAAGAACGAUUUGUUCACGAACUGGAAAUCACUACCGUGAUGAGCUCAGCGGAAAACUAAAUCCAAGAUGGCGGUCGAAGCGAAAGAAAUUUAGAUUAAAAAUAUAUUUAUAAUCAGGGUUGGGAGGGUUACUUUUGAAAUGUAUUCCACUACAGAUUACAGAAUACAUGCUGUAAAAUGUAAUUUGUAAUGUAUUCCAUUAGAUUACUCAAAGUCAGUAAUUGGUAGAUUUUUUCACUUGUUUUGACUAUAAAAACUCUGCCAGUUAGACAAAAUACACUUGUUAAAAAUACAUUCUCUGAAAAACCUAAAUAUCUUAUGCAGUGUUGUUUCUAAAACAAGAUUAAUCAAAUUGAUCUUGUUUUAAGGAUGUUUUGAUAUUUUUACAGGAAAACAAUAUGAAAAUGAUCAAGAAAACGAUUUUUGCCCUAAUAUCAAAGGUCUUUCUAGAAAAAAAUAAAUAAUGAUCUAACGUGAAUUUUCUUGAUAAAAAAAUAUGAUGUGCAUGUAAAAUGGCUAGAAAUAGCAUUUUAGCAUAGCAUAAAGCUGACAAUUUACACAAGGUUAUUUCUAUUUCUUCUGCUCCAAACUUACUUCAAACUUACUUCUCUGUCUGCUCGUAUGAAUGUAACACAUCAUAAGAAAGUGUUUCACCGCUGUUCAAAUGCACUUGGUAUCGCAUCAUUUAUAUGUAUAAAUGUUUUCCAUCUGAAAGGACUAAAUAUUAAAUGAAACAAAUGACAAUAAAAUGCAAAGUAAUCUCUUCAGUAAUCAAAAUACUUUUUGAAUGUAAUUGUAUUCUAAUUAUCAAUUAUUUAAAUUGUAACUGUAGUGGAAUACAGUUACUUAUAUUUUGUAUUUUAAAUAUGUAUUCCCGUUACAUGUAUUUCGUUACUCCCCAACCCUGCUUAUAAUCCAUUCAAUACUGAAAAGUAUCGAUAAAUAACAGUUUAAUAUGACACAAAACUGACUAUUUUACCCAAAAUGUGUGUGUGUGUGUCAUGCAUAUUUAGACUCAUUAGAGGGUCGUGUCGUUUCUCUUGUGCCACCUGUAUUGAAAUUAGUUGCAAGAUGAGUGUCCCGUGUGCUGUGCAUGAGGAGGCUAUUUGAAUGAUGCACGGAGCUGCCAUCUAUGUAGAGCGUUCCAAAUCGCUCUCUUGUGAGGCAUUAUUUCAGCAAGGAUGCUGCCAUAGAGUAGAAGACAGCUGCCUAUGUAGGCAGUAGACAGUGAGGCAGCUCACUAAGUUUUGUAACAGAUCCAAAGUGUCAAUUUAUGCACAUCCUCUGAAUCUGUAGAGAUAAUCUUGACAGCCUAGUGAUUCUUAGAAUUGCUAUUGAUAAACUGGGCUUCACUUCCUUCAUACAGCUGGUGCAAUCUGUAUACUGUUUGAGCAUGCUGUGCAUUUUUUCCUUCAUCUAGGUAUAAAUUGUUGAUCUUGACUUAUUUUAAACAGGCUACACUGAGUCAUGUGUGGGCAUGUGAAAUUUUCCCGGAUGUCUUGAUGAAAUCGGUGUGGCCCACAGUGCACCUGUCCAUGCAUCUGUCUCUUACUGUCCCAGUAAGAGGAGGGCGCAUUGACAAAUUUUACAUUAAUCUUUGUCAUAGCAUUCUUGCGGAUUCAUAUUUGAAUCAUGAUUUUGAGUCACUUCACGAGAACUUGCAUUUCUCAGCAGUCUUCACGUUCAGGCCACUCCUUCUUCUUCCCACUCAUUCUCCUCCCUUCAUUCUCCUCCCUUCAUUCACCACACCAUCUUUCCCAAGACCAUCUUUUCCCAGCACAUUUCAAUAAUCUUUCCCCUAUCUCUGAGAGAACCACCUUGAACAUCUCCCACAGUCUGACCCACAGUGCUGAGCACUUGCCCACACCUCAGAUGAAGAGGCAUCCAGCUGUUUUUCAUGCUGAAGAAGACAGUUGUCUAAAUGUUUAUGUGAAUAACUACUUUUUUUUUCUUCACACCCUGACAGAGUUCCCGAGUGAACUUAAAGGCAUGUGUUAAUAUUCUCUAAAGAUCAAGAUCGACUAAAUAAACAGAGGACAAGGCUAUUGUCUGUGACUUCAUAACUACAAAAAUUUACCAAAGGCACAGAUAAAAGAGGAACCUUUGUGAUUAAGGAAACUUGAUGAUAUAAAAGGGAAAUGCUGUACUUGCCAGUAUGGCCAACAUGUUUAGCACUGCAUAAUUGUUGUUUGUUUGUGCAGAUGUGCUAGCCUGCCCCUGAAUAUGUGAGAGUGAGAGAGAAACUAACGAAACUGACAAGAUUAAUGUUCAUUAAAUGUUGUUUUCUGUUCAUUUUCUUCCCUGUUGAAAAGAUCAGCAAAUGUUGUGUUUUCGAUACUGGUCCCAAACAUGAUAUGGUGGUGUGCUGGUGUUCCUACAGACCGAUCACACUGUGAAUUCAGUAAAAGUAGGUAGGAAGUUUUGAUGCUAUGCUUACAGAAAAUCGAAUUACUGCCCCUAGUGCCCAAAGCUAGAAGUGUUGUUAAACAUAGAGUAUGAGAGUGUGUGAGCUCCAGUUUCCAAUUUAAAAUGUCCACAGAGUGGUGCCAAAAGCGAUUUAUAUUUUUAGUUUUUUAAAUGAUGUAAUACAAUCAACAGGAAUGUGUGUUUUAUCAAUUCUACCCCCUAACUCCAAACCCGACCCUAAACCUAACCGUCAGUGGAGUAUUUUUCAGCCAAAAAAUGCAACCUCUGAAUCACGCUCACCAUUGUUAUGUGAACAGGAUUACUUCCUGUUUCGGAGGUUGCUCAAACAAAAUACUAUCUGUAGCACUACAAGGAAAUGUGUUCACGCUUGAACUAAUGCAAAAAUGUCUGACUGGGUAUGCCACUUGUCAGUAAAUUGGCAGAAUGGGGUUGAUUUCAGGGUACAUUAACUUUUCGAAGCAACAUGCCAAUUGUGAUCAUGUUGGCUCCAACCAGGCUUCUAAACAAGCUUAACCAGGAAGCCUCCUUUGGUCAACCAGAUCCAUCAGAAACAUCAUGCUGGUUGACAAUUUUUUUUGCUGGUGAACAACAUGGCUACGCUGAUCCACCAGCAAGACCAGCACCAAACCAGUAUAAACCAACUUGGUCUAAGGUGGUCUUUUCCAUAGGCAAUUGUCAUCCUGUGGGACCGAUUUUACAAAACAACUUCUUGUAUUGUUGACCUUGUGAUGGGUCACUAAACACAGCAUGUAGAGAACCAUUUUUCAAGAGUGUCAAGUUACAUUUAAGUUGUUUAUUUUUUUUUAAAGUGGCAUUGAGUUGAGGCAUAAUAGUGAUGCAGGAUCAUAUUUCGAUUUCGAUGCUUAUGCGCUGAGCAUCAGGAUAGAUUUACCAGGCCCUAAAAUUAAAACCUUAUCUCACUGUGACAGGAACAGGCUGUCUUUGUGCUGGCAGCGAGGUCCCGUAGCUACCAAUGUCUUCUUCAGCAUGUUUUGUUUGGUGUGAAAGCUAUGCUGUACCCCAUCCAGAGCUGAAACUCAGUCACAGCAGAGCUCAGAUGAGCUGAUUAGACAAAAUCAGCAGACUGCAAGUGAAUUUCCAGGCUACAGUGCAGUACGGACCAUUCUGAGCUCUGUUUGUAUUUUUGCAGCUCAUCCUUGAAUAGACAUGCUUAAAAAUUCUGUACAGCGUAACCAAACAUAUAAACAACAGGAAAAGUUGGAUCCAUUGGCAAAACAGAGUGCCUGAUAUUAUUGUGCCGCUGGUAGUCAUGCAUGACCACACACACACACACACUUGCAGCUGGAUGGCAAACAGCCCUGGCAUUUCUCCCUGUUCCAGAUUAGGUCAGAUUUAAUUAGACUGCCCUGCUUCUUUUGGAGUGUCGCUUUGAGUUUAAAAAGCCAUUACUAAAGCACAGGCAGUGUUACUGACAAGGCGAAGCUAAAAAAGAGACCAAUCAGAACAUCUCGAGAUGGUUGCAAGGUCUACACACACACAUGUAUAGGCUACACACGGUAUACAUAUUGCUUUUAUUUAAAAUGUAUUUAGCGUAAUGAAGAAUAAAAGAAGUGGGGUGAGGUUGUGGCUCGGAGUACAAAAAAGAAAAAAAGGGCCAGUACAUAAACCAGACACCAACCAAAGAGCUAAAGUAAUGGUAGGCAUUUAGAAGUAGAACCCCCCACCCCCACCACAGUGUGAACAGAGAAAAAGAGGAAAAGGCACAAACUCACCCAACAAC